CCGCCGCCCAGGGGCUAAUCAGCGCCCACUUUGGUGCCGGGUGGAGGAGGGCGCGCCUGAGGGAAGCAAAAUGGAGGCUGCUUCGGAGGGAACCUUGCCGGCAACCAACGGCGGAGGCUCCGGCCCGGUGCCCGCCGUUCCCGAGCGGCUCCAGCAGCGGGACGCGGAGCGGCGGGAGGAGGCGGAGCGUCGUCGGCGGGCCCGCGAGGCCCAGACGGUACAGGAGGAGCAGAGCGACGUGUUCGCCGCCGCCUUCGCCCGCGAGCAGGCCGCCAUUGAGGCCCUGCUGAGGCCUGGUGGUGAGGCCGAGGCGGUGGCAGAGGCCGGGGAGCGUUUGCAGGCCCUCCAGCGCUCGCUGACCGACUCGGUGCGCUUCCUAGCCCCGUACGAGGUGCGGCGGGCGCAGGCGGCGCUGCAGGGCCUGCAGGGGGCGCUCUCAGAGCGGCGCCUCCAGCUCCAGCCGCAGAAGCGCUUCGCCUUCAAGAAGGCCCUCAAGAAGGAGCCCGCCCCGAGGAGGACGCCUCCCGAGCAGGAACCAGACCCAGAGAAAGAGGUUCCGCCGGCUGCGUUUCAGCCCGGCUGCGGCUUCAGCGACGCCGAGGACCAAGAGCUACAAAUGGGGCCUCAAGAGCUGCUCCAGAAGGACGUCAUCCUCUCCCAGUUGAGCCGCUGCCGAGUGCGCCUGCGCGGGAACCCCAACACCCUGCUGGUGCGCCAUUGCAGGGAUUGUAUUGUGCUCUGCGGCCCGGUUUCGACCUCGGCGCGUGUGGACAACUGCAGCGGAUGCACCCUAGCCCUCGCCUGCCAGCAGCUCCGGACCAACCGCACCACUGACACCAGUUUCUACCUUCACGUCACUUCCAAGGCCAUGCUGGAGGAGUGCAAGGGUAUCCGCUUCGCUCCUUAUCCCUGGAGCUAUGAGGGGCUCGAGGCUGACUAUGAAACAUCCGGCCUGGAUCGGAGCAGGAACCACUGGAGCCAGGUGGAUGACUUCGACUGGCUAGCAAGGGAUGAGGCCUCGCCGAAUUGGAGCAUCAUCCCCGAGAAGGACAGGGUUACCGACUGGAACUGAACCAAGUGUUUCCUGGAGCGCCAGACCCGAAAAUAAGAAGGUUAAGGGCAGGAGUUGAACACAUUAUUUCAGGCAUGGGCAAACUUGGGCCCUUCAGGGUGUUUUGGACUUCAACGUCCACCAUUCCUAACAGCCUCAGGCCCUUUCCUUUCCCCCCUCAGCCGCUUAAAAGGCUGAGGGGGGAAAGGAAGGGGCCUGAGGCUGUUAGGAAUGGUGCAAGUUGAAGUCCAAAACACCCUGAAGGGCCCAAGUUUGCCCAUACCUACACUGUUUCCUAAAUUUAGAGGGUGAAGGACUGGAGUUGAACCCAUUGUUUCUUUGAGUAGGAUGCCUCAAAACGAGAGUAUCAAUGAAUGGAAUUGAACCCAUUGUUUCCUGGAGAACAAUCCAUGGUAAUAAAAAGAUGUGUGACUGGAGCUGGACCCACUCUUUCCUCUAUAUUCUACUCUUUACCAGAGCACUGUGUUGUCGAAGGCUUUCAUGGCCGGAAUACCUGGAUUGCGGUGAGUUUUCUGGGCUGUCUGGCCACGUUCCAGAAGCAUUCUCUCCUGACAUUUCACCCACAUCCUCAGAGGUUAUGAAGUCUGUUGGAAACUAGCCAAGUGGGCUUUAUAUAUCUCUGGAUGGUCCAGGGUGGGAGAAAGAACUCAUUUGCCAGAAGCAAGUGUGAAUGUUGCAGUUAAUUACCUUGAUUAAUUGAAUAGCCUGGCAGCCUGGGGGAAUCCUUUGUUGGCAGGUGUUCACUGGCCUUGAUUGUUUCAUGUCUGGAAUUCCUCUUUUUUCAGAGUGUUGUUCUUUAUUUACUGUGCUGAUUUUAAAGGGGUUUUUUUAAUACUGGUAGCCAGAUUUUGUUCAUUCUCAUGGUUUCCUCCUUUCUGAAAAUGAACAAAAUCUGGCUACCAGUAUUAAAAAAACCUCUAAAAUCAGCAUAGUAAAUAAAGAGAUCAACACGCAAAAACAGGAAUUCCAGAGCAGCCUAGCUUUGAAGCUGCAUGGCUAUUCAGUUCUAAUCAAGUUGAUCAAUUGCAACAUUCACACUUGCCUCAAUCAGACAAGACUUCUUUCUCACAUCCUGGACAUUCCACAGACAUACAAACCUCCCUUGCUUAGUUUCCAACAAACUUCACAACCUCUAAGGAUGCCUGCCAUAGAUACGGGUGAAACGUAUGUCAGGAGAGAAUGCUUCUGGAACAUGGCCAUACAGCCCGGAAAAUUCACAGCAACCAAGCAGAGCACUUUCUGAAACUUCUGGUGGAAGCUUGGGAAUCACAUCUGGAAGGACUAAAGUUUGGGGAUGACUGGAUUUGGAUUGCCUUGAGGCAACUGUGCUGUAGAGUGGUAUUUCCAGAUGUCCAGCCUUCCAGAUGUUUUGGACAUCAUUUCCAAACAUCCAGAGAACCAAGUUUGGGAAUCACUGAAUUGAGUGGAGUGCCUGGAGCAGCAUGCUAUGUUUUGAAAACAUUUGGAGGGCUGAAGGUUUUUUUACUUUACUUUUCUCUCAUCUUUCUUUUGAUAUAGCAUCUUAUAAGAGUUUUGGACUUCAGCUCUCUCAGGACUUUCUGAUCAUUGGCCCAAGCAGCUGAGGGUUCUGGGAGUUGAAGUCCAAAACAAAACGCCUGGAGAAAUAGGGUUUGAGAAUAAUUGGUGCCAAGGAAUUCACAUGGGAGAUUAGCUAGCUACUAUUAGCCAAAACCAAACUUUUUCUGUUUAUUGUCUAUUGAACAGGUAAUGACAUUGUCAACAAAGACUUGCUAAUUGGAUUAAGCAGAGUGCUUAGAGUGUGCUUUGCUGUAGGGCAGCAACAUUUGAAGGGAGCACAAUUUAUUUACUUUUAUUAUGUCUUUUUUUCCAAUACAGGGACUCAAUAAAGAAAAUAAAUACAUUGAGGAAUCAUUGGAUUAAGUGCAAUGUCUGGAGGCAGACGUGCUGUCAAACAGUGGUGCCCAAACUCUUUCAGAGGUUUCUCCAUUAAGAAUUAAUGCAACUUGACACCUCUUUAACUGCCAUGGCUCAAUGCCAUAGAAUCCUAGAAGUUGUAGUUUAGUGAGGUACCUGUAGCCUUUAGCAGAUAAUGUUAAAAGCCUUGCAAAACAACAACUCACAGGUUUCCAUAGCAUUGAGACACCACAGUUAAAGUGACAUCAAAUUGCAUUAACUCUACAGUGUAGAUGGGCCCUUGGAUUUCAGCUUUCCAGAAUCCCUGAUUGAAUCAGCAGAUUAGAUACCAUUAUCCCAAACUGAGUAGUGCAGCUUGUUUCUGUGUAGUGUCUGUUAAAAAUGGGGUAAAGAUACUUGCUCUGAUUUUUCUUGUUUCUUUUGUUCACUAAUGAAGCAUUCACCAUGUUCAUGGUGCUAAUUACAGUUUUGUAUGCUCUUUAUAUUCCUUUCUAUACUGCUUGCACUACUUUUUCCUGGUGUGUUAAGGGGCUGCUUUCUGCUCCUUAGCAAAGCUUUGGUGAGAUGAAAGAUCCUCACUAUUAGGAUUAUUACUCCAGAGUAUAUUGUUUACAAUGCAGUGCUUUGAAUGGUGGCUUGUUUUACAUCUGUAAUACAUUUGAUUAAUGCCAAGCAUUCAGAACUGGAAAACAUUAUUAAUCGUACAUGUUAACCUGUUAGUAUGAUGAAUAAUUUUAUAAGGCGGUGCCCAUCACUGUGUAAAUAUAUGGUGACAGUAUGUGUAAUGGAUAACAGCUUGGCAGUUUUGGAAACCUUGUGCCUUCAGUUGAUCAUCUUAUUUUUCAAACAUUUCAAAUGACUGCUUUGCUGAUGGAGAAAAUCUUAUGUGGACUUUGAAUUUUGUUACAAAUGUCCUAAAUCUAAUGCCUUUGUCAUUAUGGAAAAUUCUAUUAAAUCCCUUCAUGGUAUAUUCCCAAAAAUAUUAUACAUGAAUGUGAUCUUGUCUGUAUACUUUAAUUCACAUUUGCAAAUGCCACCAAGUCAUGGAGCUUUCGAAACUCUGUAUUCUGCUGCUAGUACACAUUACAUGUAAUUGUUCCCAGUUUCAGCUAUGUUGUUCCUGAAAAAUUGUAAAGUAAUGUAAUUGUAUAUAGAAACAAACAGUGCAAAUAUGUAUUGGACACCAUUUUGAGAAAGUUUAGCACUUUGAUUAAGCUGGGAAAAGUUAAAACACCUGCUUAAUUUCUCCACUGAAAAUUUUUCAACUUUGGCUAGAUUGUGUUGAUCAUUGUUAAAUUUUUUGUUAACACUUUUAAUAAGAGGUGACAUUCACAGUGAUGGAGCGCAGAGCUUUACAUUACAUAUUUCUGUACAGUGCAUAGUAUACAUGAGUCCGAGCAUUUCAAGGUUUUUGAGUAUCCAUUGUUUUGUAAACAUAAUAGAUAGAAAGAACUUGUUCUUCCACAGAAAUAGUCUAUCUCAUCUUAGAGGUCUCUAGUUUUGUUUUCCUUUCUAAGAAGUUAAGUAUUUACUGUAUGCAAACUCAUUGUACCAUUUCUAAUCUCUUUUUCUGUCUGUUUUUUGUUUAAAUGUUUAUUGUGAAAGACUUGAAAGCUUACUCACUUUGUGUGCUCAUGAUGAAAUCUUAUCCCUGAUACCCAAAAUCCCAUUUUAGAUUUGGUCUUUUACAAGUAUCUGUUCCAGCAUUGAGUGUACAGAUGAUUGAUGGUUAGCUUGGAUCAAAAUAGUCCUAAUUAAAACAAUUAAGUGAAA